CUAACAAUAACUACGAUUGACGAACGGCGAGCAAAUGCGAAAGGCCCGUUAGCCAUUUACAGGCUUCCAGCGUCCAGCUCUAGCUGUCACAACAACUUUAUGUUUAUAGCUUGCGAUGACCAGAGCAGUUAGCCAACAACGUACUUUCAGUCUGCUUCUCGGUCUGGUCAGCUUCCCCGGCUCCCACAAACGCGUGGAGAAACUACAGAACACCAACCUAUGCGCCGUCUCACCGCGCCAGCUUUUUGAAGGUUCGGAGGUGUUCGGCAGGUCUGACGCAAGGGUUACCGCGUUCCGCCGUCCCACCCUUCCCCGCGGCCUGGUACUUCCUACCGGCGCCAAGGGCGAGAGAGCGCUGGUAGUGCGCAUCUCCGUCCGGCUGGCAAUUUGUCGGUUGGCGGUUGCUCUCACUGCUCAUGCCUUGUUUGUUCUAGUUGAUGCAGGACACCCCAGCAGGGGCAGCGGCCACAGUCUAUCGUGUGUCGAGGUUCGAUGGGGCAAAUCGACCCAUGCGACGGUAUGGUAUGAAGGACGUGAUAAUUGAUGCUGUUGACGAUGAGCGCAGCGUGCGUGGGCCUGAUAAAUAGUAUGCAACAACAUCUCGAUUCAGACGCAGCACCCUCUUUCUAGACCACCUUUGUCUCAAGCUGGAAAGC